CGAACGUGACAAUGUUGUAGUGACAUUAACGCUCUUUCGGAGCCAAAAUCUUACUUAAUCCCACUUAAUUGAUUGAUUACUUUAAUAAGUCAACAGUGAAUAAACUGUGUACAAUCACUUUUUUCAAUAUUGAGUGUUAUAAUAGAGUCCACACGUGUAAACUUCAAUAAACUAAGAUUUAAAACGUAUUUGUCUUAUUGUACCAACGUUAGAUCGAACCCACUUUCAAUAAUCGUUGGGUUCCGCAUGAGCGGUGUUUUGGUUUCUAACAACGCGCUAAAUCCGAAAAAGGUUAACUGAUUCUGGACUUGAUUUCGUUAAGAAAAGCGUUUGCGAUUAACGAAAGUAAUAUACAGAAAUAAUGGAGUUAGAAAUAACAGAAGAUUGGAUCAAAGAACGAAUAAAACUAGAUCAUGAUAAUCUAGAUGAUGUCAAAUCACUUGCUCUUCCUGGGACGUAUCACGAAAAGAUCACACGUCUUGGAUUUUCGCUCCAAAACUUCACAAGAAUUCAGCAUCUGGAUUUGUCAAAGAACAACCUUAUUACAUUAAAGGGCAUUGAGCAUCUUUCUGUGUUGGAACAAUUGAACCUUUAUUACAACAAAAUCAAUGACCUAAAGGAAAUCUUUAGACUUCGAAAAAAUCAAAACCUGAGAGACAUUGACCUCAGAUUGAACCCUGUUACUGGAAAUGAACCUGAUUACAGAUUGUUCAUUGCUCACAUGCUGCCACUUUUACGUAGAUUAGAUGAUCGGCCAGUAAGAGACAGCGAACGCAGAGCAGCAAUGAUGCAUUUUGCUAAUGAGGGAGAGGGAAUGUUUGGUGAUGACUCUAUAGCCCCACCAAGUGAAACUAAGUCCGAAAAGCAGAAAUCAAGACAACCUCGAGUGGAAUAUGUGAAGAAUCUUGUUAAGAAACCAACAGUAAUAGAUGGAGAAGACACAGUUACUGAUGUGAUAGAUUUUGUAGAUAAAGGAUUUACAAAUCAACCAACAUCUAAUAAAAACAAGAAACCUACAACACAAAUGCAUACAAAAGACGAGUUGCUCAAGUUAGUCAGAGAAGAAGAAAAGGUUGUUGGGAGAUUCAAUAAACCAAAGGAUAGAAACAGAAUUGAAAGUGAGGAAACAAACUUAAAAUUCACAGACGAGGACGAAGCUUAUUCUCAGUUUAAAGGAGUUGCUCAUUUUACCCCACAUCCAGGUUCAGAUGACCUUCCACCUACAGUGAACCAAGAAACUGCAUCAACGAUUACAAAUAUGAGCUCUAGUAACGAUUUCCAAGAGUUGCCUGAAGGAAAACGACUUAGUUUUGGAGAGUCAACAACCACUCAAGAGGUUUCUCGGAGAAAGAACUUGACUCAAAUAAAACUUGUUGAAUCGAUUCUCGAUUUAGUUGACAGAUAUUGGAACGGAUCCAAAUCCUUGCAUUACCAUCAAAAGUUUCAAAGUUUAGUUCAGAAACCACUUGAUUGUUAUGAGAAAGAACUAUUAUCUGCACGUGAAGUGCAAAUAAAGGUUCUGCAAGACAAAAUAUCAACCCAACAACAAGAAGUAGCCGCGUUACAUCAGCAGUUACAUGAUGUUGCUAAAAAAUCUUCUCAAGCCUCGAGCAAGCUUGAUGAACUGGCUUCCACAACCAAAGAACUGGAAGCCACAAAACACAGACUGCAUGCAACAAAUAGCGAUAAUAAAUUACUUCGAACCAAGGUUCUUGAAAUGGAGUCGAUGGUUAAACAAGAAAAGCAAAAGCCAAAUGUUGGGCAGUCCGAACGUAUUGUCGAGCUGGAAAAUGAGCGAAAAGAUUUAAUUCAGCAAGUGGCGAGCAUGAAACGAAACGCUGAACAAUUUGAGAGAUUAAACCAACUCACAGAAAUGUUACAAGAUAGCCAUCGCUCACUAGUGACAACUAACGAGCACCUGCUGGCGGAGCUUGAUGACAGUAGAGGGCGCCAUCAAAGCGAAAUCGAGCAGUUGAAAUGGAGCUAUGAUCAAUUACGUUCAACUACGAAACUAACCAACGGUCAUCUGACCUCCAACGGCGAGUUCUGAUUGGUCGAAAGAGUUUUACAUCAUUUUGAAAUAAUUUUUUUUCUGCUGCUUUUUGAGCAUUAUAAUUUAAGUAAUUUUGGAAUCAGUAUUCAGUCUUGUAUAGCUCGCUACAUAACCGCGUGUUUAGCGUAGUUCGUUUUUGUAUUUCCUGUAAUUUCAAAUCGCUUUGUAAUAAUCAUCAUUGUGACGUUUUUGAUUUUUUGUGACUGCGCUUUGUAUAGCUACGUCAUAUUUUGGAAAUAAUAUUGCAUUGUAUGACGUCAUUGCUUAUGAAAAAAAUGGAAAAAUGCGUUUCACCACAUCUAGGUAUUGUGUGCAGCCACUACAGAUCACAUUGUAUUACACAAAGAUGUUGCUACACCACGCAAACAUGAUUUGUGGUUGAAUUUUAAA